CUCCCUCUUAAAUUCCAAACCACACUCAGCUUUCACCAAAUUCUUUUUACAUUUUAUCACCUCUUUGUCUCUAUUUGCAUCUCUUUUCUUAAUUACCAUUAUAUUUUUCUACUGUGAACUUUUCGAAUAUGUCGCUAGACGGAUCGGGACUAGGAGGGAUGGCUAUGGCGGAGGCUUACACGGUGAGGAAGUUUCAUAGAGAGAACAUGAAGAGUAUGAUGGCAACCGCGGCCACAAGUACCGCCGGUGGAAUCGAAGAGAACGGUGGAGGAUCCGGCCGGUGGUUCUUUGGAAAGCUAAGCACCAAGAAAAACUCUGCUAAAGUUUUUGAUCUUAUGAUCACGGAAUAAUAUAUAAGCUAUGAUGGUCACGUCAAAAAAUUAAACAAAUUAAUAUAACGAAUAAAACGUUGGAACUAUCUUUUGUCAUUUUGUGUUA